ACGUAGGAGGCGGGCGUCCUAGCAUCCCCCAGGGUGGUCCGGCGGACUCUGGGGGUGAGGGGUAGGAGCGCGGGUCGUGGCGACGUCUGGAGCCCAUUUCGCAGGGCUCUCGUGUCCCGCCUGGGUUCCAGCCUCACUGAGCAGACAGCCGCACGCGCUUCCUCCUGCGGAAGCCUCCCCAGGCGCUGACCAUGUCUAUUAUGGACCACAGCCCCACCACGGGCGUGGUCACCGUCAUCGUCAUCCUCAUUGCCAUCGCUGCCCUGGGGGCCUUGAUCCUGGGCUGCUGGUGCUACCUGCGGCUGCAGCGCAUUAGCCAGUCGGAGGACGAGGAGAGCAUCGUGGGCGAUGGCGAGACCAAGGAGCCCUUCCUGCUGGUGCAGUACUCCGCCAAGGGACCGUGCGUGGAGAGAAAGGCCAAGCUGACCCCGAGCGGCCCAGAAGUCCACGGCUGAGCUGGGAUGCGGAGGCCCUGAGGCCUGUCUGCCUCCGGCGGAGAGGCAUGGGAGGGGCGACACCACAGAUGAGCUGCUGAGGACGGCGCGACACCUGCUGGCAUGGCCUCGCUGGGCUUCAUCACCGCAUGCACUGACUCCCGAGGUCUUGGCUGUCGUCAGUAGCCAGGAGGCGGCGGCCCUGGGUGCCCCUCUGGCCUCCCGGUGGGACUGCCCAUUGCAGGCAGUGGGCAGGCCUGACCUUGCCGGGGCUCAUGACCCCGUAGCGCUUUUGUUACUUGAAUGUUUAGCUGAGCCUGUUCUUGAUGGAGCUACUACUGUAACGCCGAACUCACAAACAGAGCUGUAAAUAGGCCCUGGAAGCAUGUGCUUAAGCCUUUUUUGCUGAUUUUUAAAAAGACGGUGUAGAGCA